UAUCCGAGCGCUUGAAGACUUUUUGGCGGUUCAAGAUGGCGGCGGCUGGUAGCGAAGGGUCGGCGCUGGCGGACGGUGAGGUGGCCGCCGGCGGUGCUGCUUCCCUGCCGGCCCAAGAGGAGGAUCCGGGCCGCGGGCAGCUCUUCAACACCGUGGUGGACGCUUUCCUGGAGAAGCUGGUGGCCGCCGGCAGUUAUCAGAGGUUUGCAAACUGCUACCAUCGCUUCUAUAAACUUCAGCCUGAAAUGACCAGAAGUAUUUAUGAUCAGUUUAUAUCCCAAUUGCAAACUUCUAUUCGGGAGGAGAUUCAUGAGAUAAAGGAAGAAGGGAAUCUUGAGGAACUCUUUACCUCCAUGGAUAAAAUUGUGGAGGGAGCAAAGAAGCGAGAGGAGCCUGCAUGGCGCCCCAGUGGGAUCCCGGAGGAAGACAUUCGUAGCGCCAUGGUGCCGUACCUCCUGAAGCACCAGUCAUACCUGCGUAAAGCCCUGAAAGAAAAGGAAGAGGAGAACAGGAAACUGGCAGAGUCUGUAUUGGCCGGCCGGGAGAGAAUCUCAGAGCUGCAGCAGCAGAUACAAAGUCGCAAACAAGCAUGGCUGGCAAUUACUAAAGAACAGAGAGAACUAAUCAUGACAUUCCAGGAGCCCGAAUGAGGAGGCAGGGGAAGAUUUUGCACGAGUUUCACAAAGGGGUUUUAUGUUCAUCGAUGAAGCUCUGCCGAUCUUUUGGGAAGCGGGAUUCUCUGUGCAUUGCAUAACCCACUCAUAUCGUGCUGAAAUCUUGACUUGUGCCGAGCCUUUGCAUUCAUUUGUCAGAAUGGAGUGAACUGUUUUCAACACUGUGAAGAUCAGACAUUCUGAAACAGUCACGGGAAAUAAUGGAUCAAAAUAUGCUGAAAUGAGCAAGUGCACCAGGAUUUUUAGCCCCCGUUUUCCCCAUUAAACUCCACUGGAAGCGAGGGUCUCAAACAGGUCUCGAAAGUGAUAGCCGAUCUGUGCAUUUGCCCUGUGUUCUUGUAAGAGCUUUAUGAAACAGGGAAUUCUCGCUUUGCAAAUGUUAAUGAAUGGAGGGUUUUUAAUACUGAGCACUCUUGUGACCGCUCAUGAGAUUUCAGGAGUAUAAUAGAGUCCAUUCUAGGUACCUUACCCAGCAAGUUAAACACAGCUACAUUUGAAGGAAAGAGACAAAUAUCAAAACUUUGGUUCAUGUGAUUUCUAUCUGGCUAGAUGUUGAGGCGAGUGCUCAAAGCAUUGAUAGAGGUGUUCCCAGGAGAUAGGUUUUGGAUGACUUGUACAUAGGUAUUUAGAAUGGUAUUUUGACAUAGUAAAACUUUUUUGUAGCCUUAGCACUUUUAUUUUUUUUACAAGCACUUUCCAAUAAGCAGAAUAAACUCCUAUGUAGUAGUUGUCA